GGGAGGUUCAGGUCGCCAGAAGUCAUUACACAAUACUAGCCAACUGUAUAAAAGGCCAAAACUAGACAGAAAAGCAGAGGAUCUCUGUGAGCUGCUCUCUUCUUUUGGUAACAAGCAUGUUGCUGUACAUCGUGGCCCUCAGUCUCGUGGCUUUGUCCUGGGCACAGGACUGCCAGGUGGCCAACAUCCAGGUCAUGCAGAACUUUGACAGGAACAGGUAUGCAGGGACAUGGUAUGCCGUAGGAAAGAAGGACCCAGAGGGUUUGUUCUUACUUGACAACGUCAUGGCCCAGUUUGUCGUCUCAGACGAUGGUAAAAUGACCGCUACUGCUAGGGGCAGAGUCAUUAUCCUCAACAAUUGGGAAAUGUGUGCUGACAUGUUGGCCACCUUUGAGGAAACCCCUGACCCUGCCAAGUUAAGGAUGAAGUACUGGGGAGUAGCAUCCUACCUGCAGACUGGAAAUGAUGACCACUGGGUGAUCGACACCGACUACGAUAACUACGCCAUCCACUACUCAUGCAGACUACUAGACACUGACGGCACUUGCUUAGACAGUUACUCCUUCAUAUUCUCCCGUCAUCCGACCGGCCUGAGGCCAGAGGACCAGCCCAUUGUCACCCAGAAGAAGAUGGAGCUCUGUCUGCUGGGCAAAUACAGACGUGUUUCACACACUGGAUUCUGCGAGGCCAGCAGAUCUCUCGAUAUACAGUGAUACUUUUUUUUUUUGAAGCAGCCACCUGUGGGACUAUGUGCCCCUCUGCUGGUCUUGGACUCAAUCACAUCAGAGUUUCUCUUCUUUGUCUCCUCUACUGUCUCUGUGUAUCUCAAUAGAGGAAGUAGCCCAUUCUCCUUUAAAAAAUAAACUUGUAUUUAAAUGACUAUACUUUAAAUGAAAAGGAAAAAUGACUGUUGAUGGCGGUCCUUCCCAAAUUUCUCGGACUUUUAACAACUUAGUCUCAGGCUCAACAUUUGUCACAUGUUGGGUUUUUAUUUUUUUUGUAUAGGAACUUAAAUGUAGUGUGAAACAACCUUCCUCAGGGAAACCAGUGGAACGUGCUCUCUGGUUCCAGUGAGAAAAACCAGAUCACUGAAAAACAACCUUUUGGAACUUUUCAGGCCAAUGUGACAAAUAAUCAGUUGUGAAAAUCACAUUUGAAUGAAGCUGAACUCUCAGCAUUCCUGCAGCUCUCAACCAUAGCGCCAUGUUUACUAAAAAAAAAAAAAACACAGGUUAACAAGUCACUGGCUUUAAUUUUACACUGAACGAUGCAUAGUAUCUUGUAGCAAAAAAGUAGAUACUGUUAAUAAACCUUAAUACAUACAUAUUAAGUUGUGCUAUAUAGGCAUAGUAGUUUGGUUGUUUCCUGACUGUAUGAUGUAUACUUCUUGAUCCAGUUUUUGAAAUAAAACAUUCAUACCA